AUGACUUCAAAGUGUUUGGAAACAGAGGACUCAUCAAGACGUGACUCCAGCCCGUAAAGCUGACCUCUGCAGCAGGAAAACACGUUUACCAGAAAACACAAACAUCCCCUCAAACCGUUUCUUCUGUCCUUGUUUUUGCAGCUCGCACAGCACGACACGGCCGACCAUCACUGCCCCUCGCCGUCCUCUUCCCAGACUAUCUGCUCGCAUGUACUUUUCCAUGGCUGAUGGUUUCUAUGGCAACAAAAGUGGAUGGAGACAAGGCCGGGGCCUGACAGAGCGCUGUCAGACUGGGAACCUUAUGAGGUAGGAGAGAGAAAAAAACUCAACAGGAAAGAGAGAAAGGAGCAGAAAGAGAAGUGCACAGAAAAGAGAUUCAGGUUUAUUCUGAAAAGGGCAACUUUUUCAGAGAUUACGCAACAACACUUACACACAUAUAUGUCUUAUUCCUCUUAUUUUAUACGCCUUACUGCUGACUCUUUGACAGCAUUAGUGGAUCAGUCGAUUAAGGUGCAAAGCCAGCUUCAGGUCCUGUGGUAAACUACCUUGUCUACUCUUUCUGCAAGUCAUUAGAGCUCUUAAAGGGAUAUUCUGGUGUAAAAUUAAUUUAGGGUCAAACACACUGUAACACCGAGUUAGACAAGCCCUCGAGAGAUGAAUGUUGCCGACCGCUUGCUUCUCUAGUUAAACCAACUUUAGUAACGACCGCAAGAUAGUAAUACACAGCGGUCUGAGGAGCCAUAAACAAACCUCAACCAAAACGCCACAAAUAAUGCUCAGAACAGCACCUAACUUCAUCAACAGGACAUAUAGGGUCACAGCCAUAGUACUAGACACCAAACAUCUUUUUAACUUUGACUAAUUUCUUUAGCAAAGAGACUAAACACAACUCACCUACUCUCUUCCAGCAGCCGCUUGUUUGUAGCGAGACCUCAGGCCAGUCCAUUACAGACUACAGCGGGGUGACGCAGCUCAAGGAAGAACAUUUAUGAUCAUUUCUUUAUCAUUUCCUAUAAGUAAUAAUCAUCAUAUUAAUCAUUUUACAAACGCUGUAGUUCUUCUGCCUUAGCGUCUCGGUCUGAUUGUAUUUCCAUGAAGAAAUGAUCAUAAAUGUUUUUCCUUGAGCUGCGGCACCCCGCUGUAGUCUGUAAUUGACUGUCCUGAGGUCUCGCCACAAACUAGCGACAAUAUUACACCAGGAUAUCCCUUUAAAACUGAGGAUUCAUGAAGUUGUAAUGUAUCCGUGUUGCACUAAUCUUGACAUCCAUCAUCUGUUCAUGUGUGACGAUGAGAGGCCCAGACAGUAAUUCUAGCGCAGCGGGAGCCAAGACUUUCCUAUCCUAUGUCUUUAGAUCUAUGUUGGAAACGCUGUCAUAUCUAUGUCUACUACAUCCCCCAGGACAGAAGUCUUCAUCUGUUCAAGGUUCCAGCAGGUCUCGGGUUAGUGAGAGACACACAGAUGCUUCACACCGGCUAACUUCAGGAAUCUGUAAAAGAAACCAGCCGUCUUGUGGUUUGUUGACGAUUUACAGGUCUAAAGCAGACGGAAAAAGUCAGGCCUUGUUGGGUCUUGUUGGGUUUUCACUGAAGUUCUUGUGACCAAUCGUGUAAUGUUGACAUUUAACAAUUUACAUAGUACGCAGGGAAAGUAGGUGGGCUAGAAAAGUUCAAAUAAAAAACGCCCAGUUUGACAUUUGUCAUUUGGGUGUGAGAGUAAUCGUCUUAGCUGUCAGCUGAUCGAGGUUGGGAUUGAAUCAGCUGAUGUACCGUCGGCUAAACUUGUUUUCUUUCUGAUUCGGACGUUUUUUUUUUUAUUUACAGGGUAAAUUUUUCAACAAACUCCUGGUCUUAUUAACCACAGAGUCCAUCAGACAUUUCAUAUUAAAGUCAAAAGUCAAAUUAAAUGUCCAUGAUCAAGGUCCACCCCUGAACACGUUUACAUGCUCAAUUUACAUCUGUGCUCACAGCACCGCCCUGUGGAAGUACGUAGUACUACAAAAUAAAAUGUCCAAUCUGCUCUAAAUUUCACAGGUUUGAUGAUGAUCCUUUUUUAAAACUUAUUUAUACACAGAUUUUCAGGGAUAGCGCCACCUGUUGGAAAAAAACUGUAUUUUUUUAUAAUAAACUGACACUCAAUGAGGUUUCGAUUUAGACUUUUUCAUUUAAGAGCUUUCCUACAGAAUUUAACCCUGGGAAAGUCAUAGCCCCACCUGCUGGUAAAAACAGUGCCGUGUGCUUCAGUUUAAAUAUCGAUGCAGACAGUGACCACCUGAACUUUUAUUCAUAUCAGUUUAUCUGAUCAUGAUCCCACAACUUACUGCUGCGCUGAUGUUUUUGAUUUUCCAUGUAAGAUUAACAUGUUCUUGACCCGCUUAAGUUUUUCUAAAGUUUUAAACACUGAAAUAUGUCAAACAUGAUAACAUUUAAGAAGGUGGUUUCGUGGUAAAAUGUCCCGUUCUUGUCCCAUGCUGCCUUUGCGGAUCAUUGCAGCCGUUGGAGAGGAACCAGGAUCUGGAUAAAGCUUCUGUAUACCGAUUUCAAGGCAGAAGUCUGGACCGGUUUCAUGGCAGACGUUUUGGCUCCAGUAGAAAAGCACAGAGGGAACAUUUUUUCAUUGAUGGAUCGGUUCCAUUAAGUGUAGUCAUAUGGCGCCAGGGCGACGGCGUGCAGAAUUCGUGGAUCUUGGAGUUAAAAGUGAACUGCAGUCUUCAUGCUUUCAGCUACACCUGCUCUUUUCCUGCAACACUUAAAGUCAUGGUUGACGAUUGGAGGGAUUGGUAAUUAUUAUGAACCUCGUUUCUAUGGCGAUCAGGGUCCUAUAGUGCGAUCUCAACAAAGUGAAGAGAAAAAGAAGGGAAAAAAUCUGUUCAUCCUAUCAGGUGCAGCUGUCCCGGACAGCUCCUAUUGGUCAAUCUCCUGCUCCGCCUCUCCAUCCAAUCACCUCGCUGUAUUCGACACACCCCGACUCGACCCCUCCCACUCUCCCAAUCCCUCCUCGGAGCUCUGAGCGACUAAAAGUAGCGUAGCAGCUUCGCUACAGGAGCUGUGAUGGAGAAGGACGCAAAAAAACACUUCUGCUCGCCCCACCGCCAAAAGUGGGAAGAAAACACAAGCCGACAGAAGAAAGGAAAGAGUCGACGAGGAUGAAGAGGACGAAUGUGACCAAGCGAGGAAACUAACUCGAAUAAACAUCGGGUCAUCCUUGGAGCGGUGGAGAAAACAGACGCCGUGACAGCAGAGUUUUUGUAGAAAAGGUCGUUUUUAUCACCUUUUAUCGUGGCUCAUGUUACAUAAAUAACUCUGAUUAGUCUCUGACAUGUCAACACGGUAGCGGUCCAGGCAGCUGCAGACGGCGCUCGCUAGCAGAGCUGGCGUUUACUGCCGCUCGUCCAGUGUUGUUUUUGGCAGGCAUUUUAGAUUUAGUUUUAGUCUUAGUCAUUUUGACGAAAUGCUUCUUCGUUUUAGUCCCAUUUUAGUCAUUUCUAUCCUUGAUAGUUUUAGUCUAGUUUUAGUCGACGAAAAGGUGUCUUUUGAGGUUCGUGGUGUUCUUUCCCGACAGUUUGAAGCCGCAGCAUGAGGAAGCUGUGGCUCCACAACUGUCGUCUGUCUCGUCUCCCCGUCCCCGUACAAGACAUUGUGUUUUAUUGUCACUUGGACUGUAUCUGAAGUAGGACCAAAAAUCAUCCCUCUUUUUCGGCCACCGGGUACCGCUGCUGUGCCUGCCGCCACGGUGUGUGUGUGUGCGCGCCUCGUCCACCUGCCGCUCUGUGCAUGUGUAUGAGUGUGUGCGCGCAGCUGUGCGCGAGCGAGGCUUUUGGUGCGCGUGUGAUGGGGGCGUGACUGUUAGGACAAAAAAAAAAGCAUGUUUUGAAACUUUGUUCGUCCACCUGAUAACAAUUUAGUCUCGUCUCGACCUCGUCUGACAAAAUUUAAUAAUUUUCGUCACAUUUUAGUCUUUACAGAGCUUUGGUGACGUUCGUCUUAGUCUCAUUUUCCUCAAGGAAAAAAGGGGUCUGACGUCGUCAUUUAAGUUUUCGUCCUGCCUGACGAAAACAACACUGCGCUCGUCAAUCCGACAUGUUGAAUCCUGUUUGAAGCUAGCGUAGGAUGUUCUGCCGGCCGGCGUCUUGCUCUGCCAGAGGGGGUGAUACAGGUUCGGGGGGGAGUUUAAGGGAGAGGUUUGUGUGUCGGGGGUGGGACGCUUCACCUCAGCACUCCGCCAUCAGUGUUUUCUUUCUGCAGAGGUUAAACCACGAGGUUCGCUCACACUCUCCCAUCCCCCCACAGAGGCCUCCAGACCCUUCCCAGCCUCAGAGGAGCUUCAACAUGAACUGGAAGUGAAGGCAACAUGUGACAGCCAGCGGGCAGCAGCAGCAGCAGCUGCCAAAGAGCGCAGCGCUGAAGUCUUCAGAGUGGGAUCAGAGCGAGCCGACACACAGUCACACUUGUGCGGAAACACACACUCAAACUCCGAGAAGAAAGGAAGCAGAAGGCCGGUCAGAUCGUUUCCUCUCUCGCUGAGUGGGCUAAUUGGGAAGCGAAGUCGUUAAUCUGCUCUCCAGCUCUGGUUUCAGCCUCUAUAAACAGUCUGCUGUGUGUUCACUCAAACGUUUUGUAUUUCCGCCACAGCUGUCUCCGUCCAUCAGCUCCGAGCAGACGCCGGUGUUGGCGGGGAGCGUGCUGUUGCUCUGUUAGGCAGGUAGAAGAAGAGGAAGAAGAAAAGGCAGAUCUGAGGAAGCCGUCUGCAGCUCCAACAGUCGGCGAGAUUAUGACCCCGGGCGCUGGAACACAGCCUAUAGCAGUCAUGAAUUCAGCCUGAUACAUCAUAGAUAAGAGUUAACAUCCCCCAGGCUAUCGCCGGCGCUCAGCUCCGGCUGAGAUCUGCUCUGAAGGCUCACCUCAGGGAUCCUAUCGAAGGAUUCAUCAUUUGGUUAGCGUUAUCUCUGCGGCGGUCAGCGAGGCCGCGCUCUGAUCAAUAUUUGGGAGGAGGUUACAGUCCCGAAGACGCCGCUCCUUCACGCUUCCCUCCGAGCUUUUAUCAAACCUGAUCGCGAUCGCAUUCAGAGAGGCGCUCGCCGACAGGAUGAAGAGUUUGGAGAUAUGAGGAGAAAAACCCCGUCUAACCUUUUCCCAUCAAACACGCCGCUGAUACGGAUUCUCUGCAGGAUGAUUUUUUUGAAGUGGGGUUGUGAAGAGGAUCCAGGUCACCUCGACCCUUUUUAAUCGAGAACCAGAAGAGAAAGGAACGAUAUUUGAUUUAAGACUCCAGAUCUUGUUUAGAAGUCUGAUCUUACAGGGUUUAAAUAUUUCCCAUCAUGCACUAGACCUGGAGACCCCUGCACGUGCAAAACUAAAGCUGCAGGCGACUUAAAUCAUCCUGUUUUUGAAGCCCAGGACCGAGCCGCUGAGUCGGAGCGUGUUCCACCAGAGGAUAUACGAUCAUUAUCAACCAGAGACAGAUUUGUGUUGUCAGCGGUGCAGACUUCAGAGCUUCACACUGAUUUUAUUCAUGAACUGUAGAUAAGACAACCGAGAUCGUAAUGAGACUGAAACCCAACCCGACCGGUUUUCAUUUCAGCUGUGUGUCAGACUCCAUAAAACCAGCAGCGGAGAGUGUGUGUUUACAGUUACUGUCAGCUGGAGUCGUAAAACAUGUGGACAGCAGGCGUCCUCUCCCACCGCCAGCACCCUCCCCCCCUCGCCCUCACCUCACGGGGUGCAGACGGCCGGGUGCCACAUCGUCCAAACAUGUGUGUACAGUAUGUGGGCGUGUAACCGGACCUGUUUAGAGUCAUUUAAGACAUCAUCUCGACUCGAUUUUAGGAUAUGUCGGGGUGCAACCACAAACCUGGAGUCCUCAUUCAGUAGAAGACGUCUUUUGUUCUGCACACCAAUGGAACAAAUUCCCCCAAAAUGCAGCAGCGAGAGAGUGAGCGAGCGAGCGAAGCUGACAGGCUGCUGGAAACGCUGAGUGUGCUGCUCAGAGAGGAUGAAGCCUCCCUCUGACUCACCCCGGCACUCAUCUCUCGCUCUUUUGAUCGCUCAGGAAGUACGCAGGCCUACACUUUCUUUAUCACCCUCAUUAAUUUCUUAUCAGACGCACAUGCGGCCGCUGUAAAUCCACGUUUUUAGUUUUUUUUUCACCGUACCGCAGCAGAAUCACAGGGCAGGCGAUGAGUGAUGAGGAUGUGGUCACCGCUGAGCUCAUGCGGCAGAUCGCUGUGAUGUGGCGACGCUCUGAGACUGCAGGUUUGGCCUCAGUGAGGGCGAGGGGAUCCGGAGAGGGACUUAAUUCCUGCCAGAGGUCAAAGGGCAACCAGAGGGAGCAGGGAUGUGACAAUGACGAAUGAUGGAGGAAGGUCAUGUGUGAUAUACGGGCGAAAGCACAGCAGCUGCUCUCGAACACGACAGACGUCCUUAUCUGAACCAGAAUGAUGGUUUCUAAUCGUGCUUUAACAGGCAGAAACCUCGAGCAGAACCAGACUCGUGUUGGACCGCCGUCUGGAUAAAGAGAGGGGUGGAGAGAUUCAAUACAGAUGUGAGGUUACAGAGAGAUAAUGGAAUAAGUAUGUGAACUAUUUACAGGAACAGCAAGAGAACGAUAACAGAGUAGGGCGGCACGAUUUUGGCCGAAAUUAAAAUCACGAUUCUUUUUUUGAAAACUCUGAUUUUUUAUUCAGCGUCAACUUCACCAAACUUCACUUUAAAAAUAAAAAGUUUUUCUAUCGUCUCUCAAAACAAAACCACUUAAAAAGGAUGUAGUUCAUAUGCCAAGCCAGUAAGUGGCGCUACAACGCUGCACAGGAAAUGCAUAAAAGACGGAAGAAGAGUACGGAGCAUACGUGAGGCUCAGGCGCCAUAAAAGAGUUACGCUGUGUGUCACAUGAUCGUUUCCAGAGAUGCAGAUAGACAUCCACACGGAGAUGAAAUGGUCGUCGUUUACAGAUUUAUUCACUCUCUGACCCGUUUACAAAAAGUACCGUUUACAGUCACCUGAAACGCCGAUGCGACAAAAAACUUUACUCCUGUUACGGGUUGAUCCCGCCUUCAGACAGACUUUACAGCGGGGAGUGGUUUACUCUUCAUCUGAAACUGCGAAGUUGUAACAAUUCAACACGACUGACUCGCUCUUGUCCUAUUUAACCACGAAAUUAUCACCUUCUUUUGCAAACGCCAUGUUUGUUUACACUGUUGUGUGUGGGAACUUGGAGAAGGAUGAGCCUACGGUGGCCUGGAGGAGCGAGACAUGAUAGAGAUGAAAAUCAAUCUGACGAUUUAAAUUUUCUCAACAUCGUCAUAAUCAAAUAAUCUGAUCAUGAUUAAAAUCGAUUAAUCGUGCAGCCCUAUGACGGACUGGUCUAAGGUUGACUCGUGGCGAAGUAAAGCGUGAAGUUGGGGAAAUAAAGAGAGAAUCAAAAAUACAACAAUAAUCUUUAGAUUCAUCAGAGAGAAAGAAAUAGAGAGACUGAUGUUUGUAGUUGAAGCAGAUGGAGAUCAGGCGGGUCCACAGCAGCGAUCCAGAGGAACCGACGGGAUGAUGGAGCUCAGGGUUCGAUUUUCAGUCUUUAUUUAUUCAGACAGUGUUUAUAGCUGAGACUUUAGAUGAAAGAAACUUCCCAUCCCGACUGUUAAACAUAAAAAAUCCUCAAAAUGUUACAGAUAAACUCAAAAUGGAACAUAUUGAAGCACUUGGACAGUUUAUGGGACGCACUUUUUGCCGAUUUUGGUCCUCUAUCAAUAAACUAAAGGUAAAGAUAAUAAAGCGCCUUUACUCAUGAACUUACAUCUUUGAAUGUUAGAUACUCAUUAGUAUUUUGCAUGCGACAGCUACUCCUCUCACAAAAAGCGAAAGAAUUAAACUGCAGAGUUUCACUGUCAGCAGAGUUUUGCUCGCUCUCCUCCAAACUUUUGUCGCUUUAAAGACAUCCAUCUGUCUGUUUUUGGCGUCCAAUGAUGUCACUUCCCAUCAUCUGCCUUUAAAGUCUGUUUACUCCGUGUGUUCCUCCUCUUAUUCUCUGCCAGCCUUUAAUUUUGCUGUCAUUUUCUUCAGCUACUGCGUUGAUGUGGACUUCAAUCCUUUUUUUUUUUCCCUCCCAGCAGAGAGCCGGAAACAAAAGCCGCCUUUGUGCGCCUCGCAGCGAAGCUUUGAUGUUCAGACUCUGGACUUGUGUGCAACAGCUGCUGGUCUCUGUUUCCAGGCUUUAGGGGGUUAAAGUUGCUCUCCUUCAGGACCAGAUUCACAGGCUGAUCGCUGGAUUUACAUGCCAGAACCUCAGAUUGGUUAAAGAAGGGGAUUACUUUGUCCCCGGUAUGAAGACAUCGAUCUGUGCUUCAAAUCCCGCUGACAGGAAGUGGUGACAGACAAAAGAAAUCAUCAUGUAGCGCCCAUGAAAAUCCUCGCCUUCCUUCCUGCCUUUGUCUGAAACUCUCUGUUUGGAUGUUUUUCCUUGGGUACCAACAAUCAGCUUUAGUUCUUUAGAAAUGAAGCCGAUGUGGAGGUGUGAAAAACUGCAGUUCCAUGAGUGUCCACUUGAGGCAGGCUGCAGAAGUUUAGAAACCACAUUGACACCGAGCCCAGGGUCCUUUUCUUGCUCCUUCCUCAGUUUGAUUGUGUUGUUAUUGAGAUAUAUUAUGGCCACAGUAAUUGUGAAGUUCCUGACAUCUUGACUCAGCUUCACAGGCUAGCCAUCGACUCACAAGCUGCCCCCCGUUUCAUACUUCUGUGUCCGUCUUUCGAAAUAGAAAAUAGCUGAGAUUUUUCUUCACGAUCAAAAAAAACACCCAAGAGGAACUUCAAGCGACGUACUGAGCCAAUAAAGCGCAAAGCGGAGUGAAAGCAGAGCCGUGAAUUCGGCUUUUCCAGGUGAUGGGAAAACUAGCAGGAUGGUCGCUGUUCAAUAAAAAAACAUGAAUUUCAGGAACAUUAAAAACAAUUUUAUUCAGAAACUGCCUUAAAGAAUAAACCCACAACACUGUCAUUAGACACAAUUAGGACCCAAAAUCAACAUCUUUAUUCAAACACUCAUUAGUGACCUGCUGUGAGUGAUAGUGGACAUACGUCUUUCUUUAAUAAUGCGCUCCAAAGACGUUCGGUUAUUUACGAGCUUAUCAAGUUUCCUGUUUAUGUCCCACUAUGAUGAUAAAGUAUUGAUAGCGGGUUUUCCUACAUUUCCAAAUGGCACAUUGGUUGUCAACCAUUUUGAGUCGCGACAAUUGAACAAGCGCUAGUGACCACGACCGAUGCAGGUAAACUUAAAAAAAAAACAUCUGAAAAAUGGUUUUCAAUAAAAUUUUCUGUUUUCGAUGAAAUUCUGGCUCUGAUUUCACUUUAAAGGGAUAUUCUGACGUAAAAUUAAUGUAGGGUCAAACACGACGUAACACCGCUUUAUACCAACUUUAGUAACGACCGCACGAUAGCAAUACACAGCGGUCUAUCACUCCACACACAAACCUCAACCAAACAGCACCUAACUUCAUCAACAGGACAUAUAGGGUCACAGACAUAGUACUAGACACCAAACAUCUUUUUAACUUUGACUAAUUUCUUUAGCAAAGAGACUAAACACAACUCACCUACUCUCUUCCAGCAACCGCUUGUUUGUAGUGAGACCUCAGGCCAGUCCAUUACAGACUACAGCGGGGUGACGCAGCUCAAGGAAAAAUAUUUAUGAUCAUUUCUUCAUGGAAAUGCAAUUAGACCAAGACGCUCAGAAGAACUACCGCGUCUGCAGAGAAAAUGAUUAAUAUGGUGAUUAUUACUUCAAGGAAAUGAUAAAGAAAUGAUCAUAAAUGUUCUUCCAGGAUCGAGGAAACACAACUAAAUGAUUUGAUAGUCGACAAGUGUGAGAGCAGAAACAGCAGCAGCUUUGAAAUCUAACGUACAGGUUAAUAACUCUGUCAUGGUUAGAGAAAAUCUUUAGGUCGGCAUCAGUCGAUGUGAGGACAUUAGUGUGGCUUUACCCUCGACUGUAAUGAGUCUGUCACAGUUUAAAGUCUGUUUGCUGCCAUGAGGGUUCAUGCUUUGUUGACACUUCAACCCCCAGUGGAGAUACUUGUUGAAAAGAUGACGUUAUAAAAUGUCUUUCCGUCAGUCAUUUGGAUACUCAAAGCUACGGGGAAGAUUAUGGACCAUGCAUGUAGGAGAUGCGUGUUUUUCAUCGUACGCCGACGAUAUGGGUAGUCGAGGGUGUCAAAGGUCAGGGGAGGCAAUGGAUAAAUGUAUCCCGGGUACGACGAGGUUUAGCAUGGACAUCCAACGUUAUCAGACCAGCUUCAAAAAGUCGUAAACAUAGCCGAGUUGCUAGGUAAAGCCUCCAUACUUCCUUUCCAGAAUAUGCUAUCGCUAACCCCGCUAAUUACGCUCAGAAAGAGUUUUCUAACUCUAGUUCUGCAACUUUUCUCCAUUAGCCGUCAUCCGGAAAGGCGAAACUCUCUGUAGUUUAAAUUUCGCCAAUCUGAUCGCCGCUCCGCUCACAGAAGGCCUGAUGAGCGACGGUGGAAGCUUCCAGGACACUUUGUGCUUGUGAGAUGAGCCAUGCUGUCUCCGGUUAGUAAAUCACUGCCUCCAAAAAUCCACGGAGCAGGAAGGAUGAAGCAAAGAGGCAGAGACGCCAGCGCUCUAAGUGAGUGAGAGAGAGAGAGAGAGAGACAGAGAGAGAGAGAGAGGAGUGUCUGAAUGUGGCUGGUGAGGUAAUUAACAUUUCCCUAGCAUCAGCGGCUGGUGCUCAGGGCUAAAAUGAUCCGCGGAGACCUCGUCGAAGCUGUAAUGAAGUCCUUACACUCCCGCACCGACAAAGAAUAGAAAAGAACGAGAUGAAAGUUGAAGAGGACGAGCAGACAUUACAGCUGAAAUCAUCGAGUGUGCGCUGAAUACUGCGGGGAAAAAAAAGUUUGCCGAAAAAGUUAUCAUGAAAAAGAACCUCUCCGAGCUCCAGCGUUGGUCCUUUGGUGUGAAAUGAGUCGAUUCAGAUCACACUUUUUAUAAUUUACACAGUUAAAGACGGAAAAGGAGACGGAUAAGAAGAGCGGGGAGGAAUCUGAGGAGAGCAAAUCACCAAUCACACGGGAGAUCGGCUAACGGGGAUGAAAACACGUCACUUUUACAGAUCUGUGUCUUUUCUUUGGACGAUUUACCGAGUCUUUAAAGAAGGUGUCUACGAUAAUGAUCCACCGGGCCACAACUCAGCAUGUGCAGCACGCUAAGACUAGAUCCUAAACGGCUUUAUCACAACGGAGCGAAUUUGUGAAGCGAAUAAUUAACUUUUUUUUAAAACCUCAUAAAGUCAAUGCAAGCUUCCUCACCGGCUACGAACUUCCGCUGAGCAAAGUGACCAAUUUUUCCGCCCCUUUAGUGAAUUUUGUGAACAUUCACAGGCGAACUGCUAAAUAAAUCUAUAGCCUUAUAUAAAUCUGACCUCAGACAUGUGGCGAGCCUUUUCUCUGGAUCAAUCGGCGCUUCGUAAUUUGUCCUCUCCUUCCGCAAACGUGGAGUGAGCUGACGGAGAAAUGGUCCGAGGAACAUUCUGAAGUAUGACGGAAUUUUUCGGGAUACAGUUUAAGUUAGGGUGACCAUAUUCUGAAGUCACAGAGUCACAGAGUCGUGCAUUGUUAAUUUUGAAUUUUUUUGUACAGUGGAGUGUUUUUGACGCGCUUCUAACUCAGUAAGUCAAUGCGACACAAACUCAAAACUUCCAUACACAACCUGGACAUUCGAAGGAUUUUAUAAACUCCCCUGGACAGACCGGACAGACCCCUAAACAGAGGACAGAGAACAGAGGACAGGCAAAAGAGGACACAUGGUCACCCUAUUUAAGCUCCUGGAUCGUUGUGUGGAGCUCCCCCAUCUCCUGUCGCAGGGUCACUAUUGGAUGUACCCAGACACUUUGAUUCUUCUUUUCGUUUUUGUUAUUUAAUCGGCGAACAGCCAUGACCAGGGGCCUGUUCUACGAAGCAGGAUUACUGCUUAGAGAGGUAACUUCGAGGGUAAGUUCGGGGUUUCCUGUUCUACGACGCAGGUUCUUAGCAAGGCGAGUCUCCAUGGCAACGUACGCUGAACGGCUAACCUGCUCCGGGGCAGGUCAGAUGCGGCGGGCUCCGCCUUACAUGCGUGUACGCACUCAUAGCAAAGCUGGAUCCACUUACGAGGUUGAUAACCAGCGUCAUAAGACCGUUUAGCGAGACCGCUGACUACCGUGCUAAGUUGAAUGGUCGAACCUGCUUCGUAGAACAGGUCAUGGACCUUAAUGGUUAGCUGUUCAUCAUUAUAACACCCAGGGUCUGAUCAGGAUUAGUGGACGUGAGUUCAUCAGAGUCCAUCUGGAUCUUAAUCUGUGGUUAUGGAGAGGCUGGAGUCAUGUUUGUAGGUAAAGACGAGGUUCAGAAACACAAAUACGACUCUGAAGACUCUGAGUUCUCCUGAUGGUUGAAGACUUUUCUUAAAUAUGUUCUGAACAAAUAAAAACUUCCAAACUUUCUCCUUGUGCCUGCAGACGGCCCUGGAGGUUUUCUCCUUUUACAGAAAACAGAACUUCGAUCAGACUUGAAAUAUUUAAUCAGUGAAGGUUUACCCCAGGAACUGUGCAACAUCAGCUCCAUUUAGCUUCUUUUCUCAGAGCCAAAGGCUGCGAUACUCAUUUUGUUCUUUUCGGUGCUUUUUUAUUGAUUCUGGGUUCCUGUUUUCCUUUAGGUAAAGACUUUCGGAAAAACAAAUUAAUUCCAGAGCAACAAACCAAAUCGUAAUGAUCUGACAUUUCGCCGUGACUCCGGGCUGUUUGUUUGGUUUAAGCCCAGUGAAAAUCUCGGCUCGUGUUUUCCCCGCAGUGGGCCGCGGUUCCUGACGUCGAGGUCUCACUUUCUCAUCUAUCAUAUUCUGUGAUAAAUGAUUUAGCAGAGCUUAGUUUAUCUGAAGGUGACCUCGCCUCACCGUUUCUGUUCUUAUCAGCCUGUCAGCUCGGGGAUCGUUUUUCAGUCUGCGGGCUGGCAGCAACAAAGGUUCAGCCAUUUUUCAUCCUCUGUUGUUUUUGUGAUAUUUGAACUCCUCAAAGAGAAUUUAAAGAUAAAUACUUCUUACUCAUGUCAAAAUAAAACUCUGCAGGGUGCUGCCGCAGCUCGUGGGGUUUGGACUGCACAGAAAAACAUUUGUGUUAAUGUUUGGAUCACUUUGGCCGCUCUGCUCAGUCUGCAACGAGUAAAAAUGGACGACAUGAAAACUGCACAGAGGUGAAACCACAAAAUCAUCCUUUUUUCAGUUAAAGUUCUGGACUUGUCAGGUUUAGGUCUGCUGGAGAGAAAUCUCAACUAUGGUCGUCAACGUCUUUCAUCAGCAUCAGACUGGAGACUCCGGUCUGACUCAAGUUCCUAAACUACAUCACACCAACGUUGUUACGACCUGAUUCGGUGCUGACGUCUCGCUCUUCUUCUACGCAGGUCCUCUUAUCGGAGCUGA